AUGAUCGCUGAGGAGGACAAGCCGGUCAUUGGUGGCUCUACGCUGGAGCGCCGCAAGAGCAAAUCAAGGCAGAGGAUGGAAGGUGAUACACAUGAUAACUAUCUGCGCACGGCAGAAUCCACGGCCAUUGAUUGCAUGUAUAGAUUCUGCAGGGCAAUUGUGGUGAUUUUUGGAGACAUCUAUCUGCGCACACCCAAUGCAGCAUAUACAACUCGGAUAUUGGCACAAAAUGCAGAGAGGGGUUUUCCUAGGAUGAUUGGAAGCAUCGUCUGUAUGCACUGGGCAUGGAAGAACUGCCCAUUUGCACACAAGGGCAUAUAUAAGGGACACAAGGGUGCAUGCAGUAUGACGCUUGUCGAAGGCAAUUCCCCUCCGGUGCAGUUUGAGAUCAAUGCCCACCAGUAUGACAAUGGCUACUAUCUUGCAGAUGGUAUCUAUCCAAAAUGUGAAGGAGAUAUGCCCUAG